AUGCCAAAUGAAUAUUUGCUUUGCCAUGAUCCGGAUGGCUGGGGUCCCUUGAGGCCGAAUGCAACUGACCCCGAUCUUGCUUUAUGCUUCACCGAGGGAAUAUUCAUUAUGCCAAUAAAUAUUUUGAUGUUAGCUUUUGGUUUUAUCGAAUUUUACCAUCUUAUUAAGAAAUCUGCUGUUAUUCCAAAUAAUGGAUUACGAAAUUGGCAUUAUUUAUUAGAGAGGAUUGCUCUAUCACUCAUGGUUAUACUCAGCAUAGUUAUUUUAAUAUUAACUCUAAAGGAUAGCGAGUGGCGAAUAGCGGAUUUGUUUGUUAUUUCUGCCAUCGUGAAUGCAACCGCAAUGGCAACGGCCUAUACCAAUAGCCAUUCUGGGUCUUCUGUACUGUUGCUCUAUUGGCUUUUCUAUAUUGUCAUAGAAUCUUUAAAAUUACGGACAUUGACUAAAAGAGAUUAUUUUGACACCACUCCUUUGCGAUUUUACAUUUAUUUAUCAUCGAUUUUAUUGGUCUUGUUUGUAUUUGUCCUAGAAUUACUUCCUAAACCAAAGGGAGAAUAUGAGCUUAUUGAAGAAGAUGAUCCUAAAAAUUCUCCAGAAGAAAAUGCAAAUAUUUUCUCCCGGUUGACUUUUUAUUGGAUGACCCCACUUAUGAAAUUGGGUCACGAAAAAUAUUUAGUUCUUUCUGACCUAUGGAAUUUAAAUUCUGAAGAUCGAUCAAGAAAGAUUUCCCAAAACUUUGAAGCUGUUUGGAAAAACGAAUUAAAGAAAAAAAACCCUUCCCUAUUUAAAGCUCUUGUUAUUUCAUUCGGUGGUCCAUUUGCUUUUGCUGCUGUCUUCAAAGCUACUCAGGAUAUCUUAAAUUUUGUGCAACCUCAAUUAUUGAAGCAACUUAUAAUCUUUGUAAGCAGACAAAGCGAUGAGGACAAACCUCCUGCGCUAUGGGGUUAUUGUAUUGCUGGAAUGAUGUUUCUUACUGCACUUCUUCAAACCAUAUUUUUACAUCAAUAUUUCCAUCUAUGUGCUGUGACUGCAAUGAGGGCACGUGCUGGAUUGGUAUCCAUAAUUUAUAAAAAAGCUCUUCGUCUUUCAAAUAGUGCGCGACAAAGUUCAACAAUUGGAGAAAUCGUCAAUCAUAUGAGUGUUGAUGCUCAAAAAAUCGUGGAUUUAACCUUGUAUCUACACAUUGCAUGGUCUGGUCCUCUACAGAUUACUCUUGCUUUAUACUUUUUAUAUCAAACUAUGGGUGGUAGUGCAUUUGCUGGUGUCGCUGUUAUGAUCUUAAUGUUACCUUUAAAUGCUAUUUUUGCCACCCUUAUGAGAAGAUUACAAAAACAACAAAUGAAAAAUAAAGAUGAUAGAAUUAAAUAUAUAGCAUUACUUAAUGGCAUCAAAGUUAUUAAGCUUUAUGCUUGGGAAUCUGCCUUUUUGAAAAGGAUUUUUGAAGUGAGAAAUAAUAGAGAACUUGCUACCCUUACAAAACUUGGUUAUCUGGCUUCCAUGCAAAGUUUUACUUGGGCAGCUACGCCUUUCUUAGUAUCUUUUGCAACUUUUGCAACCUAUGUCUUGAUAUCAAAUCAACCAUUAACAAGCGAAGUUGUGUUUGUAGCUUUAGCCUUGUUCAAUCUGCUCCAAUUUCCACUUACUGUAUUUCCAACUGUAUUGGCUUCUAUUGUCGAAGCAUCUGUUUCUGUUAGUCGUGUUGGUAAAUUUUUAAAAGCCGAUGAGCUUAAUCCUAAUUCUAUAAAUCGCGAACAAUAUAUUAGUGUAGAGCCUAAAACUGGAGGCAAAAAUGGAAUAGAAUUAAUCUCUGUUAAAAAUGGAACUUUUAAAUGGUCAGUAAAGUCCCCGACAUCAAUUCUAAAUGAUAUCAAUUUUAGCGUUAAAAAAGGUGAUCUAGUAGCUAUUGUUGGAAAAGUCGGUGCGGGCAAAUCUUCAUUAUUAUCCGCUCUAUUAGGUGAAAUGGAAAAAAUAUCCGGUGAUGUUACUGUGCGUGGAUAUACUGCUUAUGCGCCACAGUCAGCUUGGAUCAUGAACGCUACUCUUCGAGAUAAUAUUACUUUUGGACUUCCAUAUGAUUACAAAUUUUAUGACGAGGUUAUUGAAGCAUGUUGUUUGAAAGCUGAUAUUGAAAUUUUGCCAGGUGGAGAUUUAACAGAAAUAGGUGAAAAGGGAAUUAAUCUUUCUGGUGGACAAAAGGCUAGAAUUUCACUUGCUCGUGCUGUAUAUGCGCGUGCUGAUAUCUAUUUGUUCGAUGAUCCCUUAUCUGCUGUUGAUGCACAUGUUGGAAAACAUAUAUUUGAUAAAGUUAUCGGUCCAACUGGACUCCUUCGGACAAAAGCUCGGGUAUUUGUUACUAAUGGAAUACAUUUCCUUUCUCGUACAAAUUCGCUUAUAAUGAUACGGGAAGGAGAAAUCGUUGAACAAGGACAUUUUGAUGAUUUGAUGAAAGAAAAAAAAGAAUUAUACAACUUAAUUAUGGAGUAUGGUCAGGAAUUGCCCAGUGAAGAAAUUGAGGAAAUACAAAGUCCAAGCACUAUAGAAACUUAUGAAAAUGACGAAGUAAAUCUUGACUAUACAGCUGAAGAAACUGCUCGAAGUCCACGGGAAAGACGAGUCAGCGUUAUGAGUUUACAAAGACGACCUUCUCAUCUUACUCCUGUUAUUAAUAAACCUGACACUGAGCGUGGCAAGGACGUUCUUAUUCUAAAUGAAGACACUAUCAAAGGCAAAGUUUCAUGGCAAGUUUAUGUGGAAUAUAUGAAGUCAUGCUCUCUUGUUUCAGUACUGUUUUAUAUAUUCAUGAUGAUUGUUUCUCAAGGCGCUCAAAUAUCCAUGAAUGUAUUCCUUAAAUAUUGGAGUUCUCAAAAUGAUAACAAUCAUUUGUUUUAUUUGUCGAUAUAUUGCGUCAUUGGCCUUACAUAUUCUCUGUUGACCAUUGGACAAACAAUAACACUUUGGGUAUUUUGUGCUAUUCGAGCCGCCCGUAUUUUGCAUGAAAAAAUGUUGAAUAAAGUUAUAAGAUCUCCAAUGUCUUUUUUCGAUACCACUCCUUUAGGUCGCAUUCUAAAUAGAUUCAGCAAAGAUCAAUACACUAUUGAUGAAGUUCUUCCACGUACAUUUUCUGGAUACUUCAGGACUUUCUUUAUUGUUUUAGCAACAAUAACUGUCAUUUCGUUUUCCACACCACCAUUUAUCGUUGUUAUUGUUCCAUUACAAACUUUGGGAGGUGUCAUGACUAUUCGUGCUUAUCAACAAUCACAACGGUUCAUUACUGAAAAUGAAGUUCGAUUGGAUGAGAAUCAAAAAGCCUAUUAUCCAUCUGUUUCUUGUAAUAGAUGGUUAGCUGUUCGAUUAGAAUUUAUAGGAUCUUUGGUUAUUUUUAGUGCAUCAUUUUUAUCCGUUAUUUCGUCCGUGACCACCCAAGAUAUUGAUGCUGGACUUGUUGGUUUAUCAUUAUCUUACGCGCUCAGCGUUACACAGGCUUUGAAUUGGGCUGUUCGGCAGUUUUGUGAAAUAGAGACAAAUAUUGUCUCUGUGGAAAGAAUAAAAGAGUAUAUUGACUUACCUAGUGAAGCACCUCCAGUAAUACCUGAUAAUCGUCCCCCACCUGCAUGGCCUCACAAUGGAUUAGUUGAAUAUAAAGAUUAUUCAACUCGGUAUAGACCUGGCCUUGAAUUAGUGUUGAAGGGAGUAUCAUUCCGUAUAAAACCAAAAGAAAAAAUUGGAAUAGUUGGAAGAACGGGGGCUGGAAAGUCUAGUUUGACAUUAAGUUUAUUCAGACUAAUAGAGUCGGCUGGCGGUUCAAUUUUUGUGGAUGGCAUGGAUAUAUCAAAAAUUGGUCUAUAUGAUCUUCGUUCACGCAUUACUAUCAUUCCUCAAGAUCCAAUUCUCUUUGAAGGAACAAUUCUUUUCAACCUCGAUCCAUUCGAGACACACGAUGAUGUUGAGAUUUGGCAAGCUCUUCAAAGUUCACAUUUGAAAGAUCAUAUCGCUCGACUAGAUGAUAAAUUACAUGCUAAAGUUUUAGAGGGUGGUGAAAAUUUCAGUCAAGGACAAAGACAACUUCUAUGUUUAGCAAGGGCACUAUUACGGAGGUCACCUAUUAUCGUGUUGGAUGAAGCAACUGCAUGCGUUGAUGUCGAGACGGAUGCUAAAAUACAAAAAACUAUUCGAACUGAAUUUAAUUGGGCAACAUUGUUAUGUAUUGCUCACAGAUUAAGAACAAUAAUAGACUAUGAUAGGGUUUUAGUUCUUGAUCAAGGAAAAGUAGCGGAGUUUGAUACACCAUAUAACCUACUUCAAGAUAAAACUAGUGUGUUCCGACAUUUAUGUGAAGAAAGUAAUGAAUUUGAAUAUUUGAUGGACAUUGCUUCAAAAAAAUUUCGAUCACUAAAUGAAAACAAAUGA